CGUUCCGGCUCGUGCAGUCGUGUUAUCAGCGGGUGGCCAACGUGCCCGUUUGCAGCCGAGGUCUAGAAUAAUUUUUUUUUUAAUCAAAAGAAAUAGUUUGUUAAAUUUUGUUUCUUAUUAGUGUAUUUUUUGACUGUAAAUAUUUCGUUUAUUUAUAAUAUUUUAUACUUAAUUCGGUGUGCGCGUUUUGCACUUUUCGUCGAAUUUUUCAUCUUAUUGCGUGUAAGGCCAUACUUGGAUUAAAUGGGGGAGUACAAAUUUAGUAUAAAUUCUAGUUUAAGUUCAAUUGAGUACCAAUCUUCGGUGAAUUCGUCCGGUUUGCCACCUUCUUCGUCAUCAACGUCACAGUCAUAUUUUGUUGAUGACAACCAGCAACAGGACUCUACCUUAAAACCGCAGAUCUCACCAUCACCAAUUAAUGGUGAUCACCAACAGUUAUCCACCAAUAAGAAUGUCAAUAAAGAAGAUUCAAUAUUGUCAGUUCUUGGUGGAAGUGAUAAAUCAAAUAGUGGCCCACAAAUUCAGUUACCCUCGUUUAAUAAUGAACCUAGUCUAAAUGUGAUAAAUUCUUCAACCAACUCAUCUACGUCCAGUUUAUGGUCAACAUCAGUCGAUGAAAAUCUUAUAUUGAAUGCAUCUGCAGCUGUUAAUAACACUAAUUUUCCAAACACUAUGUAUAAUACUGCUAUGGGACCUCAUCAUCAACAACAACAACAACAACAUCAACAACAACAGCAACAACAUCAUCAACAUCAUAGACGCCAAGCUUCUGGUGCUACUCAUAAUUUCCCGCACAACUUAUCCAGACAACUUCAACAAUCGGCUCACCCACAAAAUUUGUACAUGGCGAGUAAAGGCUACUCCUGGUCCCAGUCACAUCAAAAUUCGUGGCUUAAUUCUAGUCAAAACCAAAGCGGCAUAGCCGGCUCUUCGUGGAACCGAGGCCGUUCUGUGCCUAAUUUGAACCCUAUGCAUGCUUUAUCAGGCCGCAAGCCAAACCCUAACUAUAACCAUCACCAACACCCGACUAACCAGACAAACUCUUCGAAGUUCCGAAGGAGCACAUCUUAUCCCGGUAAAGGUUUAUUCAACCAAAACACAGCAUCAACUUUUGAUAUAAACAACAUUGACGAAACAGACGUAAUGAACUACCAGGAACGAAACUUGACUAGUGGAAAUGGCACUGGUCCUUUAGACAAUAUGCGAAAUUUAGAACAUUAUUUAAAUGAUAUAAUGCGAUCUGGUGCGGAUAACACAGAACACCCUAAAGGUUUUAUCAACUCGAACACUUUGCAUUCUUUAGCCCAUUUACAUGGCAAAUCUCCUUUUUUUCAAAACCUUGAUGACCAAACUGGCCUACUGGAUGAUUCUGGAUCUCAUCUAAUUGAUACAUCCGUACAAGCUCUCACUUCGCCGUCACGAUCAUCUCCUCAUAGUCAAGGAUCGGAGAGCAGUGAACGCUUUUCAAGAAAAGUAUUUGUCGGCGGCUUGCCACCAGAUAUAGAUGAAGAUGAAAUAACAGCAAGUUUUCGCAGAUUUGGCCAAUUAGUCGUUGACUGGCCUCACAAAGCUGAAAGCAAAUCAUACUUUCCUCCUAAAGGAUACGCAUUUCUUUUGUUCCAGGAUGAGUCGUCUGUUCAACAGUUAAUUGAUGCUUGUAUUCAAGAUGAAGAUAAACUGUACUUGUGUGUGUCAUCCCCAACAAUCAAAGAUAAACCUGUACAAAUUAGACCUUGGCGAUUAUCCGAUGCAGAUUUUGUGUUAGAUGCAUCUAUGCCAUUAGAUCCACGAAAAACUGUUUUCGUAGGUGGUGUACCGAGACCUUUAAAAGCAGUGGAAUUGGCUAUGAUUAUGGAUAGACUCUAUGGUGGUGUAUGUUAUGCCGGAAUCGACACAGACCCAGAGCUGAAGUAUCCAAAAGGAGCUGGUAGAGUGGCAUUUAGUAACCAACAAAGUUACAUUGCUGCUAUUAGCGCACGUUUUGUCCAACUUCAACAUGGAGACAUUGACAAAAGAGUCGAAGUAAAACCAUAUGUGCUUGAUGAUCAGAUGUGCGAUGAGUGUCAAGGACAGAGAUGUGGAGGAAAAUUUGCUCCAUUCUUUUGUGCUAAUGUCACUUGUUUACAAUAUUAUUGCGAACUAUGUUGGGCGACAAUCCAUUCAAGACCUGGCCGUGAAUUCCAUAAACCACUAGUUAAAGAAGGUGCAGAACGUCCAAGAACUGUACCAUUUCGUUGGUCAUAACGUAAGGUUCCAAAACGAGUAGUCACAUUUUAUUAAUCCACUAAAUUUGUUUUGUUUUGUUUUAUUAUUCUUACGCAUGUUUAUACAAAUGAUAUGAAAAAUUUAAUUUUUUAAGUAGUCUUUUUAAAACCUGUCGUUUUUUAAUGCGAAAACUAUUUUAUAAAAUUUUUAAAUCUACCUUUAUUAUGCAAAGAUGCCUCUGACUUAGGAAAAUUGACUUCUUUAGGACUAUUUUUAAAUAUUCAGGGUAAACACAAUGAAAGGGCUCUUUUCAUCGAGCAAAAACGAAUUGUAAUAGUACUACAAAUGAUUUGUAUAAGUACUGUUUUAACCUUCCAAAGAACUUGGAUUUUGUUUGUUAUGGAAAUUUUCAUUUUAUUUUAUUGUUUUUCUCUAUUAGACUUAGUAAUAAUGUAACUUCCAAAAAAGAUUUUUAUUAUUCAUAUUUUUUUUAUGACCUAGGUAACUUAAGAGUUUUGUUUUUAUUUUAUUUGAAGUUUAUUGUUUUUAGAUAAUUUGUUUAAUUACUGCCACCUUUUUAUCAUACAUUUUUUAUAGUUAUUGUUUUCAUUUUCUUAAAAGUUUUUAAUAUAUACAAAUUUAUAUAUAAAAAUUAAAAAAUAAUAUUAGCAUUUCAUUUUAAUUAAAUUGUUAUAUUAUCAUUUUUAUGAUGUAAACACUCAUUUCCUCAAACUUUUUUCAUGAAAUGAUUAUUAUCUUUAUCUACUUCUAUUUUUGUGGGCAAUAGUGUAUGGAAUUACCAAAAUAUCUAUUUGAUAUUGCGGACAUGGACCACAGAUGUUACCUAUAGCAAUCGAAAUUCUUAAAAUUUAAUUAUCAUUGUGCAAUGUUUUUAAAAUUAUUAUAAGCAUAUUUCAUUACAAAUUAAUUUUUAGGUAUAUCCUUUUCCUAGUUUUUUUGUUUAAAAUAAAAAUAUACAAUAGCAAAUUGAACUAAUACAAUGUUAAAUAUAUUUUUCUACUUCUUUUUAUAUUAUUUAGGCAGCUUCGUUACGUCUUUAGCCUAGUUACCAAUUCUAAAAAGUUAAAUUUAACAACACUAAUGGAAACUGAUGUUUUAUCAUCAAAAUUUGUAUUACCUUUUUUAAAUAAAAAUAAAUAACGUUUGUUGAAUGUUAUUUAGUUUUCAGAAGUUUUUAAUGUUUUGUUAUUUGUUUUUUUAUAUGAAUAGUAUUUAGUUUUUAAUAACCUACCUUUAUUUUUUAUAACAAUUCUAUAUAUUUUUAAUAUAUUAUUAUACUCUUUACCCUUAUUAGUCUGGUAAUUUUUAUUUCUAUUUGAUGUCUGAUCUUAUCUAUGUCAUGAAUUAAGAUUAUGAUGUUGUUGAUAUUUAAAUACUUAAUAUGCAAUAUAAAAUUAAUUCCUAUUGAUUAACUUCAGAAUUUUAUCCUGAGAACAUUUUUAUUAGUAUUUUUAAAAUCAAUUUUAACUGUUUUUCUAACCAAAUACAACAAAAUAAGACUGGCAAAGAAUAAAAGCUUUUUAGAAUUUUCUAAUGUAGAUAAUAUACUUCUCUAAAAUUAUUAAUACUAGUCAUAAUUUUUACUUAUUUCAUUAAUGAAAUAAAUCAUAAAACUUGUUUUUUAUUGCUAUUACAUCUACCUUUAAAAAUAAUUUCAACUCCAUUCUCCAUAUUGUUCUUAAAAAGUAGCUAAAUUUUGUUCUUUGCCAAUUUUUAAUUUUGAAAUAUUUUUUUUAUAUAUAUUUUCAAUGUCCUUCUUAUGGUAUUUUACAAAAAUUAUGAACUAGAAAAUUUUAAAAAUAAUUGUGAAUCUUUUAAUUCAUACAAUUUUUAAAAAGUGACUCAAUAAACUUGUUUUUUUUAUACUUAAAAUAUUAUUGCAGACAAUUAAAAUUAUUACAUAUUACAUGUGUAGGUUUGUUUCAUAAUUUGAAUUUGUGACAUCAAACAAAUUAAUCAAAAUAAUUUAUAAGUGCUAAUUUCAUAUUGUACUUAAACUUAUCAACAUGUUAAUAGAUUUUUUAAAAAUUGAGAAAAUAAAUGACUUUAUUAAUAAAUAAAUUUAAACUGCACACAUAGUAUUAAAAAUUACAUUUCACAUUUUACAUUGUACAUAAAAAAUAUGGUCUAGGAAAUUAUUGUUAUUUUCUAAUUAUUUUUUUCAUUUAUUCGGAGAGAAAAUUUUAGUGUAAUUUUUAUUAUGAAUUGAAAUAUUUUUUAUUGCACUUAAUAAAAUAGUGAAUUUUUCAUUAUAUUUAUAUUAUAUUAGUUUAAUAGAGGUAAUAUUUAAAAUAAAUAUUUAUCACAUACAUAUAUCUUUGUGUAGAUAUAUAUUUGAUUUUUGGAAAUAGAAUUAAUAUUUUGGCAGUCACAUGUUCUAGUUUCUAGUCAAAUUAUCAUUAGCCCUUAAUGUUCCUAAACAGAGGAGCCAUAUUUAUUUAAUUAUAUUUUCAUGUAGGCAAUAACUAUACUUUUUUCUUAAUCAGUUUUCAAUAAAGAAAAAUUAAUUGUUGAUUUUUUAAACAAUUUUAAAGGUUUAUGUAACUUUUCAACAUUAUUACUUUACUUUUUUAUGUCGACAAAAAUAUAUUUUAUUAAUUAUUAUAUUAUACAAAAAAUAAAAGUAGAAAAAAUAGUUGAAUUUCAUACCUAAUAAAUGCAUAAUUUGAAGUGUUCAAUGGUGUUUUUUAAUAUCUGUUUGUUAAAUUAGUGUUUUGGCUUGUGUGGGUUUGCCGUAGGGAAAUGUAACAUUUUUUUAACUGAGAUAAAAAAUUAAUAUAUAAUCAUAUUACAUCAUAUAAAAUACUUGAUAUUAAAUUAUACAAACAUUUCUUAAUAUAAUUUCACUGGUCAUUCAGACAAACAUGUAAUUGGCUGUGACGCAGUAUUUUAUACAUCAUCUAUUUUUAAAUUUUAUAGCGCUCGUUUAAAUAAAUCUUAUUGUUAACUAAUUUUCUUUUAAUUUAAAUUACUUUUAUUUUUGAGGGAUUGAUGUGCAUAUUAGCUCUGUACCCGUUAAAUAUUUCAAAGUCAAUUUUCAAAAUAAUUUUAGUAUGAUUAUGUCCGAUUUUUUGUAAGGGUUUGGUUACCACUUAUUCUUCUCAAAUAGUUCAAUUUUCCUCAGUGUAAAUAAAUAUAUUUCGGAUUUUAUUAUUUCUUAUGAUAAUAGAACAUUAACAAAUUAUAUCCAGUUGGAUUUUUUUAAAUAAUUGUUAUUUUAUAGUUGGUUUAUAUUUUUAUUUUAUAUUUUUUUAUAAGCUCAAUUUAACCUUCCAUGUAAUAAAUUAAACAAAUAUAUUGCUAUAAACACAUUCAAUAAUAAUAAAUUUCAAGAACUAAAUAUUAUUCACAAUACUAAUAUUAAACUCUUAGUAUUAAAAGUUUCUUAAGGUUUUUUUUAAUGAUACAUGUUCAAAAAUAUGUGUAUUAUUUUGUUACACGUUUCUUUUCUAUUAAAAAAAGACUAAUAAUUAUAACUUUUGUAUUAAAUCACAGACAAGUUGAUGAUUUUAAAAAUGUUUAAUUGAUUAUUGUUUUGUAAUUUUUUUUUUUUACACAACAUUUAAAAAUUAUCUUAACUGUGAUAUCAUUAUUGAGAAUGAUUAAAAGCAGGCAUGGUUUUAUAAUUAAUUUAUAAUCAUUUUUACUAUUUAUGUAUAACAAUGUCAACCGUACAAUGAUCUCUUGUUCAAAUAAAAAGAUACAUAGUAGUUAAAAUGUUUUAUAUAAACUUUUUUUUAGUUAGAUCUUAUUUAUAAACCAUGUUCUUUUUUAAAAUAUAACAAAUUUUAAUGAUAACUAUACAUUAUAUUUUUUAUAAUUUGUAUCUCAUUUUCAUGUUUUUUAUGUCUGUGUUAUUUCUUUUGAAUCAUUAACCAUUUUAUUAAUUACCAGCAUAGAGGAAACGUGAAACCUGAGUCAACCAUUUUACUUUUUAUUUACAUUACAUUUAAUCAUUUAUUAAAAUAGGAAUUAAAGGAUUAUACUGUAGUAAAAUGUCAAAAAGAAAAUUAAACUCUUAAUUAGUAAAGUUUAGAUAAAUGCUAACAUAGCCUAUGCUAAAUUAUAUUAUUUGUGUGCAUUUUUUCAUCACUCCUAUUUUUUAUGAAUUUUGUACGUUUUUUCUAAUCAUUUUUUUGUAUACUAUGUAUUUUUAAUGCAGUAAUGUUGGAUAGAACUUUUAAAACUAUUUAAUUUUUUUCGAUGUAUUGUUCAUGAAUUAAGAAUAUUUUAUUUCUUCAAUGAUUUUAUGUACUGAUGAGUUGUACUUUUUAAUUGUAAUACUGUCCAACUUGCUUUUCCCGGUAACUUACCCUAAUAUCUCAUAGGGUCUUUUUAUGGUUUUUUGUUUUGUUUUGUUUUAUAAAGUCAUUGUAAUAAUUUAUAUCCAUAUUAAAAAAAUUAUGAUAAAUUAAA